UCAAUGACAUAUAGCCGACAUUCGUCCGACAUACUGAAUUCUGUAUUGUUUACUUCUACUGAAAUAAUUCAUGUGCUUAUUGUUUCAGCACAAUUAGACUCAUUCCUGCAGUGUUCGUGACACUUACAAAAUGUAUACAAAAAUCCUACAUGCUUGCUUGUAUGGUCUUGUGGAAUUUUGGGAGUGUGUGUAUUGCACCAUGCUUUAUUUGGAAUUCAUUUGUAUCCAUAAUGUGUGUCAGUCCUUUACAAAAGUCCUUUUGUGUAUGUGCCUGGACAGAGCAGUUUCAAAAGUUUGUUUAGCUGACGCAGGCUUGGGUCAAUUGGUAGGCGGGGGUGACAAAGUAUGGAGCACAGACUGGCUGUGGUUCUGAAUGGACUGCAGUGUGUGUAGCUGGGCCUCAAGUCUGGGUGCAGUCGACAAAAUGGUCUCCGCUGUUGCAGCACGCUUUCUCCUCUCCCUCAUCAUGGUCAAUUUACUCCCUACGACUCCUCUUGUGGAGGAGAGACCUGUCCAGGCUGCUGAUGGAGCUGUUCGGGUGGCCCAGGGCAAGACCAGAAAGCGGGUGUUCCCAGUGCCCCACAUUCAGAAACCCAACCCCAUAUCUGAAGCCUACGGCUACUGCAACACCCCCAGCCAUACUGAACAAGCCUGGGAAGGUCACAGUCCAGCAGACUAUAAGCUCCUGUCUGUCCAUGUGAUGAUUCGCCAUGGGGACCGUUACCCUCUCUACUCCAUCCCCAAGACCAAACGGCCAGCCAUCAACUGCACCCUGUCCACUAGCAGGAAUCCCUCACAUCCUCUGCUGAGAUCCUUCAUAAGUCACAUGGGCAAGGGAAACCUUGGGCACUGGGAGUCCCCAUUGGCAUCUCUCCCUCGCUUCCCCAAUCACAAUACUUGUGAGACGGGAGAGCUCACACAAACUGGUGUGGUGCAGCACCUACGAAAUGGGAAACUCCUCCAGCAAGCCUACCGGCCUCACAGUCUUGUCCCCUCUGACUGGUCACCUCAACAGGUAUGGGUGGAGACGACAGGGAAGAGCCGCACACUUCAGAGUGGACUGGCUUUUUUCUAUGGCUUCCUCCCAGAGUUCAACUGGAAGAAGCUGACCGUACAUCACCAGGGGAGUACGUUAUUCUGCGGCUCUGCCUGCGAUUGUCCGGCCAGGAACCGAUACCUUGAGCAGGAGCAGAAGAGACAAUACCGGCUCAGAGUGGCCGAUGCGGAACUAGAAAGAACUUACGCCGACAUGGCACGCACGUUAGGUAUUCCAACAUGUAACCUCCGGGCCGCAAACCCAAUCGACUCUCUGCUGUGCCACUUGUGCCACGGCCUUUCUUUCCCAUGCGUUUCCAGGAAAGACGGUAGCACAGGCGAGUGUCUAACAAUGGCGCAGUUUGCUGCCAUACGUCGACAACAGCUCGAUGACGAAAAGGAUCGCAGAAGAGUGGGACUGUAUCGUAAAUAUGCAGUCCUGGCAAUGUACCCCUACCUCAACCGAACCGCCACCAAAAUGGAACGAGUGGCCAAGGCCGCCACAGGUAGCCGGCCGCCAAGAGCGGGAGGCGAAGAGAUAUUCACGCUCUCCUCUGCUCAUGACGUAACCGUGGCACCUUUGCUGAGUGCCCUGGGACUGGAGGAGGCCAGGUUUCCACCUUUUGCAGCAAGAUUGGUAUUUGAAUUGUGGAAAAGCACCUCAGCGCUUCAGGGACAAAAGGAGCCGAAGCUUGGCAAAGGCGGGAGGCCAAAAACAAGAGAUGGAGGAUGUUUUAUCAGGGUAUUAUACAAUGGAGAGGAUGUAACGCACGACACCACGUUCUGUCGCUCUCUUGACCGUCACUCCAGUCAGCCUCUCUGCCCUCUGAAAAAGUUCCUUUCUUUUGUCAGGAGAGACAUCUUCGGUGUUGUCAAUGCUACUUCCUACCACCAGGCCUGUUAUAGUCGUACAGGUUAACACAGGGUCAACCAUCAUGACUGUGUUGGUGGCUAUGCAACCUAUCUUUCUUGGUGUCUGGUUUUGUUCUUUUACUUUUAAUGAUGAAUGGGAUAGCAAAGUUGUUUAUGUUGUUUGGGAGAGCACAGACAUAAUUCCAUUUACU